AUGGAGGGGUUUUUGGCUCUGGGAGAUUGUUUUGGUAAUUGGUCUUUUUGGGAAACUAGUAAAGGGAAGGAGAAGUUCUUGAAGAGUAUGGCAGAUAUGCCGAAUUAUGACUGGGGUGGUGAGAGAAACGCCUUGUUUAAACCAUCUAGAACUGGAAAGCUCGACCGCUUUCGCGGGGGUAAGGCGUUAUUAAAGUUACAGGAGAAAAGGGAUCGCAGAACAGAUAAAAAAAGGAUACUAGUCAUGGGGGACUGCAUGAUCCAGCAUCUAAUCUCCCUGAUGGCCAACCUAGACCUUCAAGAAGCCGGCCAUAUAGGUGAAUUUCUCUCGCGGCUGCGCCACACAGAUUCUCACAAGAUGAGAUUUGAAGAGAAGACACUCAUGCCAGAUAAUCUCUGGAUUACUGAAUUCAACAUCAAUUUCAUCAUCACUGCCCCAUUUCAGGCUGAUGUGGAGUCACCCCUCCUUCCAAAUUAUUUUCCGAGGAGACGGGCAAAGUUCCUGAGUAUGAACGAUGUUGAGCCGGACCACAUCAUGGCUGAAGCGGCCAUGGGAUUCCGCAUUAUCGGUGACCUGCAUGACCGGUACUGGACAUGCUACGUGUUUUACGACUUUGGAAGUCGAGAACCCGUCACGGAUGCUUGGAGCCGAGUGGACCAUCUCGACUCUUGUAAGACUCCGAGCCAAAGGAAGUGCCUUGAGGGGUUUCUCGUGCGCCAUGCCCUCGAUCUAGUACUCUCGGAGGCCAAGAUUAUCCUCGGCAUUAUCGCCAAGCCUAUGGGUGGUAAUAAAAAAUCUCAGUCACUUUUCAACCCACUACUCACGGAAGAUGACCUCAGUGGGGAAAACUAUUUCAAAACCAUGAACAAGAAUAGUGUAUUCUAUCCCUGGCUACUCGAAGUUUGUAGUGCUUUGUUGGAGAAGUGUAAGGAGACCCGUAGCGUUGCGGAGCAAUGGAUAUCAGCAGAGAAGACACGGGAGUAUAAACCUCGGUGGUCCGAAAAGGACCAAAAGAGCUUCGGGGAAGAGGUUGCGAAGAAUCGAGCAGAUGUGAUGGCGCGUUGUGCUAAGCUAGAGAAAAUGGCGAAGAACUUACAGGAACGGAUCGACCGGAAUAAGACCCUUAAGGAAUCUCUGUCGAGUGAGCUAGCGCUCCGGGAAGCGAGGACCUCCACACAACUCGCGCACACCGUGAACCUUUUUGCUGUUGUUACAACUAUUUAUUUGCCCCUAACGUUCUCUACCAGUAUCGUGGCUAUACAAGACCUCCAUUGGAAAUAUCCCGCAAAAACCCUCGUCAGAAUUAUGCUCGCCGUCACCUUCGGCACUCUAAUCCUCUUGAUGAAUCUCGCCUUCCUCCGCCGCCACUUCACAACCCUGAAAACCUGGGCCCAAGACUCGAUCCGCCAGAGAAUGGAGGGAGCCUCCGAGCCCAAAGGCUCCGCCAGCAAGGAACACAUCUACCAAGAAAAGCAGCCGGCCUGGAAAUACUGGAAAGAGCGUGCCCGCGGCCUCCAGGAAGCGGAGAAACGCAGCACCCUACUCACUGACAACGUUUCUCACGACGGCGAGAGCAACUGGUGGUACUGGUACUUUAUGGCGAUAUACAUCGCCGUCGUGGUUCCCGUACAAGAGCUAACCUUCAUAAUCCUCACGCUCCGGUUUCAGAAGAUCAAGGAUGCUGGCCCCCUAAAGAAGCUCGUGAGGCUCCCCUGGGCCCCCAUAUGGAUUCUACAGCUGGCACUCGUGUACGUGGUCAUACUCGCCGGCCACACCGCCCUCUCCCUGUCGAGAUUGGCCCACCGCACAGCGGUCUGGUUAUGGACUGGGAACGACGUCGCUGAGAGUUGGAAGGCCGCGCAGGAGGAGGAGGAUAGGAAGAGUUCGGUUCCCGAGCCGGAGGCGGAUGAUAAGAGCUUGAAACCCGAGCCGGAUAGCACGAAGAAAGGUGGAGUGCUGGCUGCCUGGUUUAAGAAACCGGCGAAGAUUAUGCAGCUUCUCAUCGUUGCAGAGGCACUCCCGUCCAAAGAGAAGGAAAUCGAUGAAGAGAAACAGGAGACUGCCGUGGAGGCUACUGCGAAGACUGCGGAGGUCCCUUCCUCCACCUAA